AAACGUGACAGGAAAUCUUAAAAUUUUUUAGAAACAUGCCUAUAUGUAUCGGUUUCCCUCCCAACUCCCUCCGUGUGCCGGCCUCUGAUCUGCCACUGACAUUCCUGACACCGCCAAUGGAAGAAGCACAGGAGGAGCUGAUCAGCCCCAGGAUCUCCUUCUCGCACGACCUAGCCGUCGCGACACCACCGCCUGCAGCAGCCGCCCUGCUCGCCGGGCGGCGGUCGGACGCGUCGCUGCUCGUCGUGUCACGGCCAUCACGCCUCCCGGCCGAGCCGGAGUUCGACUUCGCCAACGCCGUCGCGGCCGACGACGUCGCCCCCGCCGACCGCCUCUUCGCCGGCGGCAAGCUGCUGCCAAUGCCGCCGCUGCCGCCCGCCGCUCCGAAGCCCACCACCCCGUGCAAGCCACAGCAGCCUUGCCGUGUCAAGGCGCAGCAGGAGCAGCAGACCAGGCGGCCGGGUUCGUCGUGGGCGGCGUCCCCGUUCUCACGCAGCAGCAGCGUCAACUCCGCCACGACGACGACGAGGACGACGACGGGCGCGCCAAGGUCCGCGGCUGGGAGGUUCGGGUGCCCGCCGUUCCCGCUGAUGCGCAGCUGGUCAGUCGGCUCCGCGGCGGCCGUGGCGCGGGAGCGGGAUGGUGCCGCUGCCGCCGUCUCGGACGCCGCCGCCGGCCACCGGCCUCGUCAUCAGUACUACAAGAAAUUCGGCGGCGCAGCGGCAGCUGCAACUGCAAGCAACGGUGGUGGUGGUUCAAGAGCUUACUACUAUGGAGGUAGUAGCAGAAAAGGUAGCAUCGGCGGCGGUAGUGGUCGCAGCCAUGGUGUUAGGGUUCCGCCGGUGCUUAACGUGCCGUUCAUCGGCACGAGUGUGUCCAGCGUGCUCAGCUACUUGCUUUGUGACUGUAGUAGCCACAAAACCAAGAAGAGCAGGGAGUUCUAGAGUGUUAACUGGCCUGGCCUGGCGCCCAGCUAAUAUGGUGAACAAUCUCUCUGGCCUGUGAAACUCACAAACAAAGAGCUUGUGAAUUGACGUACGCACGCGUGCAUUCCAAAAGCAGCAUGGCUACAAGUUUACAGCCAUGCAUGUAUAUGCAAUUAAUUAAGAAAACUUGCCCUCGGAAUUGUGGUCGGAUUAAAUUGAGAGAAUGGGUGCACACGACAGGAAAGGUACGCAAUGAUAGAGCAUGCAAUGGUCUUUUUUUCCUUCUUGAAAAGGUCAUCCCUUUUGUUUGCUUGGCAUGCAUGCAUGCAUGGGAUCGAUCGGAGGCGCUUUUUGGCUGUGUUGUUGUUGAUUACCGGUUGCUCUUGCUUGGCGGGGCAUGGAGUGUGAUCAAAGUAUGCCCAUGUGUUUGUGGGGAAACCUUGUUCGAGGGAGCUGCGAGCUCAUCAAGGAUGGCGUGCGCAUGCAGGUCCAGGUGCAGCGCGCGGGACAGUCCAGGCCGUCGCUUCGUGCUCGCAAUAUAAUCUCGCAUCGCUGGUGGUGUGGCUCGCAGUAUUGCUAGCACGUGGUUUCAGUACACACAAUGUAGAUCGUAUGAUAAUAACAGUCUUAUAAAAUAUCUUGUCUAAAUUUAAAUUUAUUUGUAACGAAUUUCUAACAAAAAAAAUCUGUGGGGCUUGAAAUAGCAAA